CCGUGUGAUGGACCCGAAUUCACCGAAUCCGAUUAGACGGGAGAGCUGUCAGCCGUCGUCGUGAGCAGGGGCGACAGGGCUGCUUUGCCCUCGCUCGGUGGUGCACCGUGCUAGUGAGGAGCGCUUGCUUCGAGCGCCCUAACUUUUUGCCCUUAAUCGUCACAGCAUCACAGCUCUCGACGCUGCUCUGCUCUGUUCAGCUGCUGUCACGCACUACCUCCUUCCAAUCAACAUCUCUCCUUCAACACGGUCUCGAGGUGAGCCCACGAACUCGCCCCUCAUCGGUCGCGAUCCGCUCUUCUUCGAUAACACGGUCUGAUUACCGAGUGUUCUGCCUGCGUUCCCCAGCUUUCGUCGAGCUCGAAAGUGCCCCCUCAAAAAACAUGGGUCCUCGGCAGUGUCGAGUUUGCAACGAAGCGCAGUCGAAGUACAAGUGCCCUUCUUGUCUCGUCCCUUAUUGUUCGUUGGCCUGUUUCAAGAGACAUAAAGAAGCUCCUUGUGCCAAGCCAGUGUCUCCUGACCAUAGUGAAGCUGCAAGUCAGGAGUUGCCUGUGGACAGACCUUUUAACAUUGAUGGCCCACGUGACGUAGUGCAGCAGGGGCAACUAGAAUUAUUAGCUUCUUCUUCUGAAAUUCGCGAUGCGCUCAUGGAUGAAAGCCUUCAGAAACUGAUUUGCAAAAUCGAUGGUUCAGCAGAUCCAGACAGCGAUCUUGAAAAGGCAAUGGAAGUGGAGACAUUCCGCCUAUUCACCGACAAGAUCUUGUCUGCAAUCGGUCCGUAAUCACAGAGCUGGAUGAGUAAAACCUGCGGCUUGAUGUAAAAAAUUUCAUGUUCCCACCUUCAUAUGGUCGAAAGGAAUCGCUGCUGCUUCGCCUUAUGAAUGGAAGUGUCUCGGUGGUAUAUGGAGCUUGCCCGGGUAAAUGAGGAGGCACUAUGAGCCAUCAGUUACAGUAUACCGACAUCUUAUUCGCCUUCAAGGGGAAUCUGUCUUCGUGUGAUCUUACCAGUUGUGACAAACUUAUAAAAUCUUCGAUUAUGCUGAUUAGGUAGCUAAAUUGACAUCUUUGCUUGCCUGAUUGACCUCUUGAGCGAAAAGCUUUCUCAUGUCCAAGGCUAUCCGUGAAAUCCAUACAAUGGAUGAAUUGUCUGAUCCUUUUGACCGAUGCUAUUUCUUUUACUUCCUGCA